UAUCCACUAAUAAAGUGCUCGAACCUCUUAAUUUUUUUUAUUUUUAUUUUUUGUGCUGAAAAACCCCAGAUUGAAAAAACAAGAUUGAAUGAAAUGAAAUUUUGCAAGAAAUAUGAAGAGUAUAUGGAAGGGCAAUGUCAAAAUAAAAAAUUGCCACGUGUGGGUCUUAAGAAAUUGAAGAAAAUUUUGAAAAAGUGUCGAAGAUGUGAUCAAUCAAGAAGUGUUGCAUUGCCUGGAAAUAAUAAUCUCCAUGAAAGCUCCACGUGUUCACAGCAUCAAUGCUCAGUUUGUGAUGGAAGCUUUUUUCCAUCCCUCCUUAAGGAGAUGUCUGAAGUGGUUGGCUGCUUCAAUAAACGUGCACAGAGAUUGCUUGAACUGCACCUCUCAUCGGGUUUCCGCAAGUGUCUUAUCUUGCUCAAAGAAAAAAUACAAGGAAACCAUAUUGCUUUACUUCAAGAAGGAAAAGAUCUAGUCACCUAUGCUAUAAUCAAUGCAAUUGCCAUGCGUAAAAUACUUAAGAAAUAUGACAAGAUUCACUAUUCUAAGCAAGGGCAGGCAUUCAAGUCACAAGCUCAAAGUAUGCACAUUGAGAUCCUUCAAUCGCCCUGGAUGUGUGAACUAAUGGCUUUUCACAUCAAUUUGAGAGAAAAUAAAGCAAGAAAUGGGAAGGCUCUUGCACUUUUUGAUGGUUGCUUCCUGAAUUUCAAUGAAGGGAAACCAUCUCUUACUUGUGAGCUUUUUGAUUCUAUCAAGCUUGACGUUGAUUUGACCUGUUCUAUUUGCUUGGAUACCGUGUUUGAUCCAGUAUCUCUCACUUGUGGUCAUAUCUUCUGCUAUAUCUGUGCUUGCAAAGGUGCAUCAGUGACCAUUGUGGAUGGACUGCAGGCAGCAAAUCCCAAGGAAAAGUGUCCUCUCUGCCGAGAGGAAGGAGUCUAUGAAGGUGCUGUGCAUCUGGAAGAGCUUAACAUUCUACUAAGUAGAAGUUGUCCUGAGUAUUGGAAAGAGCGCCUUCAGACCGAGAGAGUUGAGAGACUUCGACUUGCUAAGGAGCAUUGGGAAUCUCAGUGUCGGGCAUUUAUUGGCGUCUGAAUGAUAUAUUAGUCUCAUGGUGGCACUAGAAUUGCAUAGUAGCAUUUUGCUUUCCUGCAUUUUCUUCUAUGUUGCUUGGGUCCUUCAAAAUGUUGUCGUACCCAUGUCGGAUCCUCCAAAAAUAUUGCAUUUUUGGAGCAAUAUUUUUGGAGGAUCCCAAAUGGGUGUGGUUCCUAUUUUGAAGGAUUCAAGCAACAUAGAUUUUCUCAAAUUCUCUUUAUGUUUCUGCUGUUCAUGCCCCGAACAAGUGCAAGAAUCUGUAAAUAAUUGCAUAAUUUUUUCAUAUUACGUGUUUUUUUUUAGUUAAAGCACUCCUGCUUGCUGGUUUUUGGUCAAGUAACUUAAGCCAUGAUUUUGUAAGAAAAUUUGUUGUGGAACUCAACUCUCCAAUUACGAGAUUUCCAGAAGUCAGUUCCUUAACUUCCUA